AUGACAAAUUUUUCACCACCCACGACAGUCUAUGAUGAUGACAGAUAUGGAGAUGAAAAGCACUUUGUACAUCAAGAUGUACCAAUUGAUACUGCUGAGAAAUUAGGUGUGCAAUCGGUGACAGACACUUUGCUCGAAGAUGCGGAACUUCUUGAAGAAUGGGGACAGAGUGAACCUCUGACCAGAAGAAUAAAAAAUCUACUGGAAGCGUACAAAGAUGGACUUUCAGUGCCAAAAGAAAUUAUUCAAAAUGCUGAUGAUGCAGGAGCAACAAAGGUUUGCUUUAUGUACGAUCAAAGGGAUCGUGAAACAUAUGGGAGGAUGUUACUAGAUAAAAAUAUGUUUGAAUGUCAGGGUCCAGCACUCUGGGCGUACAACAACGCAACAUUUUCGAAUGAAGACUUAAAGAGUAUAACGAAAGUCAGUGGUGCUACGAAAGAAACAGACACAACUAAAAUCGGUAAAUUUGGUCUUGGAUUUUGCUCAGUCUACAACCUGACAGAGGUUCCAAGUUUUGUUACAGGUGACCAAAUGGUGAUAUUUGAUCCUCACUAUGAUUAUCUUGGGGAUGCACUCAAGCGUAAAAAACAACCUGGUUUGAAAAUUGAUUUGCGGAAAAAUAGAAAACUUAUAGAAAGAAAAAGAUCCCAGUUCGAGCCAUAUAAUGGCGUGUUUGGGUGUAAUCUAAAUGUUCAGCAAGAUAAUGUAUGUUAUAAUGGAACUUUGUUUCGGUUGCCACUAAGAACAAGACAACAAGCAUCAUCAAGCGAAAUAAGUGACAAACCAUACAACAAUGAGCAGAUGAUAAGUCUGAUGAGAAUAUUUGCAGGGGCCGGUGGAAAUCUCUUGUUAUUCACACAAAAUGUAACCACCGUCGAGUUUUAUCAUCUACGGGAAAAUGAAAAGAAUCCUCAAAAUGCUACUCUUCUAUAUAGUCUACGAAGACAGACUUUGCAGCUUAUUGAAAGACCCAUGCGUAUAACCUCUGCAGAAAGCAGGAAAUCAGUACUACAGGAACUUUCAACAAGUAUUGAAGACGUUAGAAAAGACCCCAAAAAAGACCUAUCACCAGUUGAACUCAGUAUUUUACUGCAAAUAUCAGUCAAAGCAACAGAUGGACUAGCUCAUAUUGGGAUACACGGGAGUUCUUCAUCAACGAAAUGGUUUGUAACAUGGGCAACUGGUACAGAUAGAAGCAAAACUCUUGCAAUGGAUUCAGCUGUUAAGGGUUUGCUGCCUCUAGGUAGCGUGGCUUGUCCAGUAGAAAACAUACAUGGGGACAAUUACAGGACUUGCCAAUUGAAAGAAUUGCCUUUCGGGUUUUACAAAACCAGUCAUGUCUUCUGUUACCUCCCAUUGCCUGUUGAAACAAAAUUCCCUGUUCACAUCAAUGGCUCUUUUGCUGUAACAUCUGAUCGCAGACGACUCUCGUGUAAAACAACAGACGAUAAGGAUUCUUUUCAAAGCGACUGGAAUGAAGCUUUGAUGAUGGAUGCGGUUUGUAAUGCCUAUAUAUUGUUCCUGAAAAAUCUUCGUCACCUAAACAUUGAUGCGAAAGAACAGUUUCACAAACAAUGGCCUGUAAAGUAUAAGAAAGAGGAAAACCAGACCAACUUUGGUAAAUUGCAAGUUUCAUUUUAUCAAAAUAUAGCAGAUGAAAAGAAAGGUAAUGAAGUAUUUAGGAGAGAAGAAAACUUUACAUCAAUUGACCGUUGUAAAUUUCUUGAUUCGAAGAUACUUGAAACAGAAUUUGGUGACAAGGCAUUUGCUGUUUGUAUUCAACUUCUUGAAAACGAUACAACUACAAUGAUGCAAUUACCAAGCAGAUUAGGAUUAUGUUUUAAAGAUGCAGGCUGUGAAUCAGUAAUAGAACCAAGAAUAAUAAAUAUCAUUACCUUUUAUUCAGAGUUAGUUUUACCACAUCUCUCUUCAAAUGAAAUUUGGGACGAACAAAUCAAAGACCAGCUCAUGCUCCAUGCAUUGGACAAUGCAUCUGAUAAGUUGCUUGAGCUUUUGCAAAAUCAUGCAUCCAUACCGACAGCUCCAAAUAGACUCUUUAGGCGUCCUAAUGAAAUAGUUAACAAAACAGGACCUCUGAAUGUCCUUUUUUGUGUUGAAGACCAACGGUUUGUGGAUGGCACAGAGUACACUGCAUCAAAUAGAUUGACUACUUUGAAAAGUCUUGGAAUGAUAACAGACCAACUUUCAGACGAUCUAAUUGAAGAUAGAGCAGUUUCAAUACAAUCUCUGGCGACAGUCUGCUCUCAAUGUGCACUAGAUCGCUGUGCACAAUUUGUAAAAUAUCUUAAGAUGUACACGAGUAUCAUACAAAACGAACUACUGUUGAAUAAAUUGCAGUCAAUUAAGUUUUUGCCAAUCAAAUCUAAACCAAAUGACUGGAAAUGGAUUUGGGCUGCGGAUACAUUUGUACACCCUGAAGAUGAAUGUAAGCAUUAUACAUGUUGUAAUGAAAAGCACAGACAAGACACCUCUGUCGUUUUUGAACGUCCAACUGAAAUUUAUUCCGCAGCAUUGACUGAUAUUGUAGGAUGUAUUUUUCCGGUUUUGGAUGAAAGCUAUUUUUCACGCGACAGUUACAACGAACUUUUUACAAAACUUGGUGUAAAUAACACAGUUGAUCUUGGGCAAUCAUUAGACAAUCUAUCCAUUCUUAGCAAUGAUGUUAGUCAGAAUGGAGUUGGUGAUGGAGCACAUAUGUUGAACAACACAACACUGAGUGUAUAUAAAUACAUCAAUGACAUUUCCAUACACAACUUACAUUUAGAAGAGAAGGCUAGUCUUUUACAUGGAAUAGCUGAGUUUUAUAUGGACAAAAACAUUUUACUACUUGAUUGUAGUUUUGUAAAACCUAGUCAAGUAUUUGUGGAUAUGUCCGAAGACUGUAUCCCGUAUCUAUACAGCCUUAAAAAUGCAGACCAUAUCAGAAAAUUAAAAGGAUUUGUAGAUCUCUUUAAAAUUGAAAAGCAAUGUCCUGCCCGACGGGUAGUAGAUGAGUUACUAUCACAUCACUCUAAACAAGGAUCCGAUGCAAUGGAGGAGAAAGAAGUGAGACUUUAUGUAAGACUUUUGAAGGUGUUAGUUGAUUCUCUAAACAGCGAUGAAGUAGAUAGUGAUACUCUUAGGAAGCUACAUAUUCCAGAUGCAGAUGGAGUUCUGAGCCCUAUUCAUACGUUGUGUCUUGACAGCAUAGAUACAAAGUCCACAGAUAAAAUGAGAUUUACACAUCAAAGUAUCUCCCCUGAAAUUGCUGUGCCAUUAGGAAUCAAUACUAAAAGACAAAGAAAGGUAGCCGACUGUUCUAGACCAACGAAAAUUUAUUCCAAAGACUUUGGUCAGCAUGAAGAACUGAUCACUAGGAUAAACCGUAUACUCUCGGGUUAUCCUUGUGACUCCGGGGUACUGAAAGAAAUGGUGCAAAAUGCAGAUGACGCGAAGGCUACCGAAGUGCACAUUGUCAUGGACUUUUCUACUCAUCCAACAGACAACUUACUUUCUAAAACAUGGAAGCCUUUGCAAGGACCUGCUGUUCUUGUGUGUAAUGACAGUUAUUUUUCUGAGUCUGAUAUAGAAGGAAUCCAAAGGCUUGGAAUAGGCAGCAAAAGUGGAGAUCCAACAAAGACUGGACAGUAUGGAGUUGGAUUCAAUGCUGUGUACCAUCUGACAGACGUGCCCUCAUUUCUGACAAGAGGUCCGGAAGUUCAAACUGGCGAAGUUCUUUGUGUAAUGGAUCCACAUUGCAAAUAUGUCCCAGAUGCAACGAUUCAAUGUCCAGGUAGAGAAUAUAUAAAUACUGAAGUAUUAAAAGAAGAACAUCCUAAUGUUUUUAGCUGUUAUCAUGAUCAAAUUCUACUAAAAGAAACUGGAACAAUUUUCAGGCUCCCAAUAAGAACAUCUCAAUUUAGCUCAACUAUUUCUGAAACACACUUAACCAUAGAUGAUGUUAGAGAGCUUGUUAAUGGCUUCAAAGAUGAAAUGGGAGAAAUGUUGCUGUUUGUCAACCAUGUAAAAUCGAUAAAGGUUUCAGAAAUAAUAGAAGGACAGUUACAAUCUGUAUACUCUGUUCAUUUGGAAAUGUCCGACAAGGAUGCAGAAAUGAGACAACAGUUUUAUAACAUGAUAGACAUAGGAGCUAAAAGCAUUCGUGAUUGUCUAGACCCUGGCUCAAUCGAUCCAACUGAAGCUAAAUAUUUGGCCGACAUCAGUGAUUCUAAUGGUGCAUAUUCAAAAUGGCUGAUAGUUCGACGAAUGGGUUUUUCAGGAAAACGUAAAAUACCAGAGGAAGUUCUCAGUUCCUACAGAAACAGAAAUAUCGGCUUGCUACCAAGAGGAGGUGUAGCUUUGUCACUUGAUGAAGGAAAGAACAAAAAGGAAAAGGGCAAGGCGUUCUGUUUUCUGCCACUUCCUAUUGAAACUGGACUUCCAGUUCACGUCAAUGGACAUUUCGCAUUAGAUCACGAAGCAAGACGAAACUUGUGGACGGGUGACAAAGAAGGGUAUAAACUAUCUUGGAACAAAUAUUUAAUGGAGGACGUUAUAGUUCCAUCUUAUGUCUGUGCCUUGCAUACAUGGAAGAAAAAAUACAGCAUCGAUACCGGUGCACCAACAAAUGCACAACAUAUGAAGAAAACGCUAAUAGAGUAUCAUAGACUUUUCCCAGACACAUCAAAGAUUACUGACAUGUUCAAGUUCAUGUCGCAAAGUUUAUACAGAUGGAUUUAUAAUUUUGAAGAAGAUAUGUUUCCAGUUUGCAAGCUUGUUACAAAGACUGACGUUGUUACAACCUUUUACCCAGUUGUAAGUGAUGUCUUUCAUUUUCCUUGUGUAUUUAACAUGCUAAAAACAAAGAACAUGACAAAAGAAAAUGACGACUUCAAGACUGUUUCACACACUAGCAAAAAGAUAAAUGAUUGUGUUUCAAGUUUGGAGCAUUCGGUGACAUCACUUGAAAGUAGAACUAUUCAGAGGCUAGCACAGUUCAUUCAAAUAUGCAAAGAUAUAGGAAUUAAAUUGCUGGAAUGCCCAAAACAUAUUUUUAAAAGUAUGAAGGAUGCUGAUCUGAAAGUUGACGGGAUGACCCCAGAAUUUUUCAUUUCCUUUCUGAAGUCACAUGAGGAAGAUCAUGAAGAUAGUUGUAAGAUUGGAAAAAUGGGACAAUCACUGGAAGAAACUACUUUAAGGAAAAUACAGAAUCUUGAAAUUUGUAUAGAGUAUUGUAAAAAGGUGAAUAACGGAAAUUUUGGUGACCUAAUGGAAGGAUUGCCUUUGAAUUUGACAAAUGAUGAUGCGUUACGUUCAUUCAGUACGUUGCAUCCGGUAUUUUGCUCAACAUACUGUAGCCUCCUGCCCCAUUCGUCGAAUUUAUUUUUACAUUGCAACUUAGUUGAUAGUUUCAGCCCAUCUGAUAAAGGAUUGAAGGCAUUUGAUAUCAAAGGCUUUGUUGAACACCUUCCAGACACCUUACGUUUAGAGAAAUACCGAGGGAUGAAUAUACCAGUAGAAUGGAAUCCAAAAGGUUCUGAUAUUCCAGAUUCAGAUUGGAUAGAGAAAACAUGGAAAUUUCUUAACUCUGUCGUACGUAAUAUUCAACAAAAGGCAGCUGACACAUGUGACGCCGAAUUAAACACGAAUGCUGAAGUUAACACAUCAGAAUUCAUUUUAAAGAUCCUCAACGAACUCCUGUAUUGGAGUUUGGUUCCGUCAGUUCAAGUAAGAACAUAUUUAGUUGAAAAUGAAAAUGAAACAAAAACCCAUCUUUUAAUGCCUGUCUGUGAAGCUAUGUUUAUACUAGACAUUAACACGUUUUCGGGAAAGCUUAAAAAGGCUUUACAGGAAUUAAGAAUGCCCAUUCUAGACGAAAAUAUAUACUUUGAGUACGACAAUAUUGUACAGCAUUUGGUCGUUAUAAGGGAUCGUCCAGUCUCUUUGCUCAAUCUUUUAUUUGAAAAGCGACAUACUAUUGCAAGUCUACAAAUAGACCCGACAAAUUGUUUAGAAAUAAUGGACUUUCUGUCUGACCAUUUAGAAAUCAUGGUAAAAGAUAAUUCAAAAGAAGAAAUUUUGGAAAAAAUAAAAGAAAUACCGCUCCAUGUCAGCAUAACAGGACAACAUUGUAACAUCAAAAGUGGUCAAAGCGUUCUGAUAAUAAAUGAUAUAGUUAUAACGGAUGGAAUCGAGGAAUGGGCAGCGGCAUCACAUACCCUACUUCUGCAGACAAGUACAAAACUCACAAAGCUUUAUGAAACAUUUGGUUUUACAGAUAAACAACUGAAAAAUGUUGAUCUUUACCGAAAACACUUGCUGCCAAAAUUUGUCGCUUUGCCUAGAGAACAUCAUAUGACACACAUCAAAUACACAAGAGAUGUUUUAUUAACAAAACCGAUUGGCGGUUCCUUUAAUGAAGUUCAAGAAGAUCUCAUUUCAAUACUUAAAAGAGUUGAGUUUGUGCCCGAUAUUGAUGGAGAUUUGAGAACUGCAUCGAGGUUUAGGGAUCCAACAAAUGAGCUUAUGCUACUUAUGCUGGCAGACUCGGAAUUCCCAGCAACAGAAUAUAAGGAUAACGAAUGGAUAUUUUUCUUGAGAAUAAUCGGUUUACAAACGGAAAUUACUCCAGAAAUGAUUUUACAAUUUGCAAAUGAUAUUGAGCUAAUUGGACGAAAUGGUAUAACAACAGAAAAUGAAGAGGAUUUGACAUCAAAAUCAAAGUUGUUGAUGAAUCAUAUUUUUUCUCGACUAGAAGUAGAUGCAAACAUGCUGAGAUCAUUAAAUACCAUAAAAUUUAUUCCUACACACAGUAUUUGUAAUUGGAAAUCACGCAUAUGCUCACAGGCUUAUGAAUCUGAAUUGAUCAGUUUUCAUAAUUCAACUCUCAGUUAUAAGCAAGAUAUUUGUUGGACAAGAUGUUCGUUAAUCCCAGAAUGGGCAAAUCCAUUACAUCAUUUAAACCAAAAAUACUAUGUUGGUAGAGAAAAAUAUGAAGAAAUGUUCAAACAUUUAGAAAUAAUCAAAGAGCCAGAAUUUAGAGAUGUUGUUCGUCAUGUGCAAAACAUUUGUGACAAUAUGAAUGCACUCAUUCCAACUAUCCAGGAAAAUGAACGUCUUGCCCAAAGAAUAGAAAAGUUGAUGACUGGUAUUUAUGAAUGGUUGCAGGAUAAGAUGAAUGAUGGGUCAAACAAGGAUAGCAUUCACCAGACACUUUAUGCAAAACAUGUAAUGUUUUUGCCGGUAGAUAAAUUAUUUGUCCCGUGCUAUAGAGUUGCCAUACACUUGAAGGAGGCAGAUGUUAUUAAGCCAUAUUUAGUUGAGGUUCCGAGUAAAUACGCCUCUUUUUUCGAUUUAUUUGAAUGCCUUGGUAUGCAAAGACAGGUUAAUGUUUGUAGUUUUGUUCAUGUGUUAAACCAACUGAAAACUGAUGUUGGAGAUCGAGAAGAGCUAUUUGCAGAAGAAAUACAAAUAGUUAAGAAAGCAGUUCAAAAAAUGUUCAUAUACUUACGACUUUCAUUAUUUGGUGACACUGAAUACAAACAGCUUUCAGAGGUAAAAACGCUAGCUAUCCUAUCAAGAGAUCUUAAACUAUGUGAUUCAAAGCUUCUUGUAUAUUCUGACAAUGAGGCGUUUGAGGAGGAAAUAGGACAUGACAUGACGAUGCCAUACCUCGUAAAACUUGAAGAACUUGGAGUAGGAAUUACUGGUUCAUUUUCAAGAGAAUUUCAAAAAUUGCCAAAACAUUUACAACCGAACAUUUUGUCGAAGAUGAUACACAAAAGUUUGAAAGACAGUUUUGAAUUAGUCCCGAUGGAUGAAAAGGGACAGUUAAUUGCUACUUUGUUAAGUGCCUCACAGUUCCAUAAAGCAGUUUUCCGUAUUGCAAUGCACGCAAGAAAACAAAUUGAAUGGUUAACUGCGUAA